CCUACUAAUGUCAUUUCUCUUGUGUGGUUCUCAGACUAUCGUCUGCACCGUAAGGUCCAGCGAUAGUAAGGUUAGUGUUAUAACCUGUACAGUAUAAACUAGGUUAGAAAUAGUGCAACCAUUUUCAUCACGGAAAAAUGUAAGAUCCUGUAAGGACGCGUGGUGGCGCUGCAGGAUAAGAAGGUACAAACCGGAACCGCAACUGAGGCUCCAUUAACAGGCAAAACUCACCAGCAGAGCCUGGAAACCUUCGGGAAGCUAGGGUGUCACAGAAGGCCUGGGUCCUCCAAAAAGUAAGAUUCACUGGAAUAUUUCUGAGGUAUCCUGUGCAAUAAUCACAGUCUCAGAUACCGAGUUCUUCAUAGCUCAGCAGAACCAGCCUUUCUAGCGGCUGCACCAGACAAGAACAAUGGAGGCCAGCAGGGAGCGCAUCUGCAGACAAAGGCAAGUCCUUUUCUUCUUUCUCAUCUUGGGCUUGUCUCUGGCGGGCGCGGAGCCUAGGCGCUAUUCUGUGGUGGAGGAAACUGAGGGGAACGCUUUUGUAACCAAUCUAUCAAAAGACCUGGGUCUGGGGCAGAAGGAACUCUCCAGGCGGGGGGCUAGGGUCAUUUCCAAAGGGAACAAAUUGCAUUUGCAGCUCAAUCAGGCUACUGGGGAUUUGUUGCUAAAUGAGAAACUGGACCGUGAGGAAUUGUGUGGUCACACAGAGCCCUGUGUGCUGCGUUUCCAGGUGUUGCUAGCGAAUCCCUUAGAGUUUUUUCAAGCUGAGCUACAAGUAAUAGACAUAAAUGACCAUGCUCCGGUGUUCGUGGAAAGCGAUAUGGUGCUAAAAAUAUCAGAAAGCAGUCCUCCUGGCUCGGCAUUUCCGCUGAAGAACGCUCAGGACCUGGAUGUAGGUCAAAACAAUAUUAAGAACUACACACUCAGUCCAAACUCCUACUUUCGGGUCCUCACCCUUGAACGUAGUGAUGGCAGGAAAUAUCCCCAGCUGGUGCUGGACAAAGCACUGGAUCGUGAGGAGGAACCUGAGUUCAAGUUAACCCUCACAGCGCUGGAUGGUGGCUCACCACCCCGGUCUGGCACCGCUCAGGUCUACAUCGAAGUCCUGGACAUCAACGAUAAUGCCCCUGAAUUUGAGCAGCCUUUCUAUAGGGUACAGAUCCCUGAGGACAGUCCCAUAGGCUUCCUGAUUGUCAAGGUCUCUGCUACGGAUGUAGACAUAGGAGUCAACGGAGAGAUUUCCUACUCACUCUUCCAGGCUUCAGAAGAGAUUAGAAAAACCUUUGAGCUCAACCCUGUGACAGGAGACAUUCGACUGAAAAAACAACUUGAUUUUGAAGCAAUUCAGUCCUAUGAGGUCAAUAUUGAGGCCAAAGAUGCUGGAACCUUGACUGGAAAGUGCACCGUUCUGAUUCAGAUCAUGGAUGUCAAUGACAAUGCCCCAGAACUCACCAUGUCCGCACUUACCAGGCAGAUCCCUGAGAAUUCACCCGAGACCGUGGUUGCAGUUUUCAGUGUUUCCGAUCUUGACUCAGAAGAAAACGGAAAAAUAAGUUGCUCCAUUCAAGGUGAUCUACCCUUUUUCCUAAAAUCUUCUUUGGAAAACUUCUACACCCUAGUAACAGAGACACCGCUGGACAGAGAGGCCACAGCCGAGUACAACAUCACCAUCACCGUCACAGACAUGGGGACUCCCAGACUGAAAACCCAGCACAACAUAACCGUGCUGGUCUCCGAUGUCAAUGACAACGCCCCCGCCUUCACCCAAACCUCCUACACCCUCUUCAUCCCCGAGAACAACAGCCCCGCCCUGCACAUGGGCAGCGUCAGCGCCACAGACAGAGACGCAGGCGCCAAUGCCCAGGUCACCUACUCGCUGCUGCAGCCCCAGGACCCCAGCCUGCCCCUGGACUCGCUGGUGUCCAUCAACGCUGACAACGGACACCUGUUCGCCCUGAGGGCGCUGGACUUCGAGGCCCUGCAGGCUUUCGAGUUCCUGGUGGGCGCCACAGACCGCGGGUCCCCGGCGCUGAGCAGCCAGGCGCUGGUGCGCGUGCAGGUGCUGGACGCCAAUGACAACGCGCCCUUCGUGCUGUACCCGCUGCAGAACGGCUCUGCGCCCUGCACCGAGCUGGUGCCCAGGGCGGCCGAGCCUGGCUACCUGGUGAGCAAGGUGGUGGCGGUGGACAGCGACUCGGGCCAGAACGCCUGGCUGUCUUACCAGCUGCUCAAGGCCACAGAGCCCGGGCUGUUCAGCGUGUGGGCGCACAAUGGCGAGGUGCGCACUGCGCGGCUGCUGAGCGAGCGCGACGCGGCCAAGCACAGGCUGCUGCUGCUGGUCAAGGACAAUGGCGAGCCUCCGCUGUCUGCCAGCGUCACGCUGCACGUGCUGCUGGUGGACGGCUUCUCCCAGCCCUACCUGCCGCUGCCGGAAGCUGCAGCCGCUGGGGCCCAGACUGACGCGCUCACAGUCUACCUGGUCAUCGCGUUGGCGUCGGUGUCGUCGCUCUUUUUGUUCUCGGUGCUGGCGUUCAUCGCAGUGCGGCUGUGCAGGAGGAGCAGGUCUGGCUUGGUGGGUGGCUGCUCGGUGCCUGAGGCCCACUUUCCGGGCCACCUAGUGGACAUCACCGGUACUGGGACCCUGUCUCAGAGCUACCAGUAUGAGGUGUGUCUGAUGGGAGGCUCAGGGACCAAUGAGUUCAAGUUUCUGAAGCCUAUGUUGCCCAAUUCCCAGGGCCAUUACCCUGGACCAGAAAUAGAAGAAAACCCCAGUUUUAAGAAUGAGUUUAAUUUUAAUAUUCAGUGACAAUAAUUGUCUAUCUUACUCCAAAUAUGUAAAAUUGGUAAGUUCAAGGUGAUAGUUUUUCUGGCAACCUAUUAUGAAUUUUUAAAUUACACUAAACUUCCUUUCAAAUUUUCUUAUGUUAUUCCUUUGUUUUAAAGAAUAGUAUCUUAUCUUUUCUUCAUUUCUAUAAAAGAUGAAUGGUCCUAAAUCUUGCCUCUUAAAAGACUGAUGAAGUCAGUAGUUGGACAAAUCCUUGUUCUGGAAUAGCUCUUGAACGUGUUAGGGGAAAACAGUGAAAAGUUAAUCCUACGUGGUUGAUUGUGUUUUCCUGAGACUUUUAGUUUAUUAGUUUUGGAACUUACAAGGUCUAUAAAAGCAGAAACGCACUAGCACGUGUAAAUCUGUCUGACCGGGAAGGCAGGAGAACCUGCACCAUGGGAAGCUGGUUGUGGCUCUAUUCUGAUCUCCAGGAUGUGUCUUUGAUACUGUGUUCUCUCAAAAUUUCUCACUAAUCGUGCUUCUUGUCAUUAGUAUAUCAGUGUUAGUUUUAAUUUAAUUAUUUUAAUUACUUUCCAUUUAGUUUUGUUGAUGUUUAAAGGAGGGGAAAACUUACACAGUGUUUAUCUAGUAAGUGAAAUGGCAUAGCAGUAAAAUUGGCUUUUUCCAUUUGAGAAAUAUCGAUAACCUGUGACAGAAAAAUGCAGUGGCCAGCAGUAUCCAUUCAUCUCGUCUACUUUCUAACAGAUCUCGAAUUGCACUUAGGGCAUUACCGGGCUUAUUAAAAUAAAAAAAGAAAAGCAUUUUGCCAACCUCGUUGGCAGCUAAAUGGAGCAUUUGACCAGGUUUUAGUCAAUGAGAUAUACAUACAGACGUUGUAGAAAACUUCCAACAAAGGUGUUUAAAGGGAGAUGACUCACUAGGAAGGGGUCCCUUUCUAUCCUUUUCUAACUAGUCGUUGUUGUUUAGAAUGUGUGAAUCAUGGGUGGAACACAGUGAGACCAGCUGGGCCAUGGGGCAGCGAUGAGAAUGGAAGUAGUGCAUAAAGACAGUCAAUACAGAAUAAGCUUCAAGGAUAUGAGGGUCCCUGGUGAUCACAGUGCCAUCUCUGGAUCGCCUGCUUCUGAACUCUUUUACUUGAGAAAUAAAGGAAUUUCUAUCUCAUUUAAGCUACCAUCAUUCUGAAGCAUCAAUCCUAAUGCUUUAACAUUAAGAUUUUUCAUUAAAAUAGUAUGUAAUAAGUAAAAAGCACAGAUCUUAACUGUAUAGUGUGAGCUAACAGAUCUGUUUUAAGCUUUUAUUUCUUGGUUUCUAGUGUAGUUAAAAGUAGUGUACAGACUGCUUUAUAUUAAUUGCCUUUUUAAUCCUCUGCCAAACCUUAAGAGGGUUGGCAUAUUGUUCCCUCUUUUACAUAUAAGAAACUGAAGCUAAGAAAGGUUAAGUAACUUGCUCACAAUUCUGAGCGACAGAAGGAAAAACUUGAAAUAUAUGGUAAGCACACUUGAAUUGUGUGUCCCAGUCCUUAAUCCGUGUGCUGUGAUGGUGGAUGUUAACUCGUGGCAUUGUCUUCCUAACCAAGGAAAUGACACCCAUCUGUCCCAUGAACUGAACUCCUAUGUAAAAAUGUAAAAUUUGGUCUGUAGUUUGUACUUGCUUCUAAACCAAUGGCCACACUGCUCUGGACCAAUAAACUCAAAGUUCUUGUAGAAGCACUGACUAUCUCAACUAGCUAGCUAGGUCAGGGCCCACAAUUGAUCUUCAUCACAAAUGAAUUGGUCCAAAUAUCUGCCUGCACGUUCUCAACAUAUCACAUUUAGUACUGCAUAAUGAAUGUCCUGAACAGGGCAUAGAAAUUCCUAUGGCUGUACCUCUUGAAUUUCUUGUAUUAUCCCAUCAGUGUUUUUCUGUCAUCCUUAAAAUGUAUUUUUCAUUUUAUUUGGAAAGUUGAAACUUGCUUUACUGUAGACAUCUUUGUAAGUCUUUAUUGAAACUAAAAUAUACUGUAUUAAUUUUAACAUACCAUUUAAUUUAAAGUAGCUGUAUUCUGGUGUUAAUCCUAAACGAAAUAAUUUCAGGAAAGUAUAGGCAAUGGUGUGGAGAAAUUUUUACCACUAACUAAUUUAGAUAUUCUGUAAAUUUAAUAGGAAAAAAAUGGCAGGUUCCAGGUAUUUUUUGUUUAAAUUAAGCACUUGUCUUUGGCAACUCUUCUUAAAAAGUAUGCUGAAAAAAGAUGUCAGGGGUCAUGAACAACUUUAUUCUGAAAGAAUGGUUCACUAGGACUGAACGAGACCUUCUUCAGUAUUUGUUGUGACUACACUAUUCUUGUGGGUUGAUGAAUUUUUGUUGGCUCGGCUGCUGGGUGCAUGAGAAUCUGUGCUUGUGUUAUGUACUACUAUUCUAUUGCUGCCAUAAAAGAUUACCACAAACACAGUUGCUUAAGACAAUCAAAUGUAUUACUUUAUAGUUCUAUAGAUCAGAUUUCACAUAUGGGUGUUACUGGGCUAAAAUCAAGGUGUCAGCAGGAAUGUAUUCCUUUCUGGUGGCUCCAGAGGAGAAUCCGUUUCUUUGUCUCUCUUAGUUUCCAAAUGCUGCCUACAUUAUUGACUCAUGGCCCCGCUAUUCCAUCUUCAAAGUCAGCAGCAUCCUAUCUCUGGUACUGUUCUUUGUAGUCAUGUUUCCCUUUGACAAGUUCUAUCCCACCUUGAUAAUCCACGAUGACCUUCCCUUUACAAGGAUUUCAACUUACUUAUAUCUGGGAAGUCUCUUUUGCUAUGUAUUAUAACAUAUUUACAGAUUUUGGGAAUUAGGGUGUGGAUAUCUUUGGAUGGGUGGCCAAUAUUCUGCUUACCACAGAUUGGCUGCUUGGAAGAAAAUUACCUAGUCUAGUAGUACCACUUGUGGCCAAAGGCAGGCACAUAAUGGUCUUUGUGCCAGGAGUUUUGGCCUCAUUGAUUAGCUGUUUAACUCCAGACAAGGUAAUUAACAAACUUUUACAAAUCAUUAACAAAACACUGAAUGAAUAAAGAUAUCGUAAGUCUCCACUGAAAUUGAAUUCAAAUAUUUGACAUGGAAAAAUUGAACAAAAGAAUACAGAUCUGAUAAGGGACUUGUAUCUGGAACAUAUAAAGAAUUCCUAAAACUCGAUUAUAAAAAGACAAAUAACCAAGUUUAAAAAUUGGUGAAGAUCUGAAAAGACAUUCCUCCAAGGAAGAUAUACAAAUGGCCAAUAAGCACAGGAAAAUGUGUUUAACAACAUUACUCAUCAGAGGAAUGCAAAUCAAAAUUGUCCACGAGGAUGGCUGGGACCAAAAUGUCGGACAACAGCAUGUGUUGGGAGGAUGAAAAACUAAAAUACUGAUUCACUGCUGGUGGGAAUGCAAAAUGAUGCAGCUGGUUUGGAAAACAAUCUGGCAAUUCCUCAAAUAAACAUAGAAACAUUGUGUCCUGGCUGUUGUGGCUUGGUGGAUUGAGCAUUGGUCUGUGAAC